AUGGCGCGAGCGGGACGACCACCACACUCGUCAUUCACGACAAGAUCGGCUCUCGAGAUCAUUGCCGUGCUCGGCUUCCUGGCCUCGACUCUACACCUGUCCAAUGCCCAGUUCGGCGCCGUCGACCGGCGGGCUCUCCUGCAAGGAGCCGGGCGGGAUGCUGGCGGCGGCCUCUCGGAGCGGCAGUACCUCCUCGAGGACAACAUGUCACCGCCGUGGCCUCCGCUGAACUACGACCGGCGAAGGCAGAGCCAGACUCCAAACCAGUGCGGCACCGAGAUGCACAGCUGCCUCGACGUCGGGUUUCCCACCGGCUGCUGCCUCAACAACCAGUACUGCUUCGUCAUGACCAACUGGACCCUCGGGUGCUGCCGCAUCGGCAACAACUGCCUCGAUGUCACUCCGUGCUCAGAGGGCUUAUACCUCCAGAACGGCACCAUCAGCGUCACCAAGCUCGUCACCCAGAUCACUACCGUCGGGCCCCUCGACGACCCAACCACCAGCACCAGAGUAAACCAGCUUAUCACGGCGAGCGUGUCCCCCGGCUGCGGGUCCAACCCGUGCUCGAGAUCCUCGUUCCUCUGCCAGGCGGCCUUUGGCGGCCAGUGCUGUGGCUACGGCUCCAUCUGCGCGUCCAACAGCCUGUGCAUCGCUCCCGUCACGCCUACGCCCUCGGCUAUCGUGCCGCUGACCCCACCCGAGUGCAAGGCAGCGACCGAGUACGCCUGCAUUCCGGGCAACAAGACGGCUGGGUGCUGUGCCACGGGUCAGACCUGUGUCGGGGACAGAUUCUGCAGCGGCAUCCCCGCCCUGCCGACGGGCAGCAACGCGACGAUCGAGACCAGCUCGGAGCUCUCGUCUCAGGCCAGGGCGGGCAUCGGGGCGGGCGUGGCUGUGGGAGCGGCGAUAGUCAUCGGCCUGCUGACAUGGUUCUGCGUGCGGCGCCGGCGUGAGGCAAAAGCGGCUGCUUCGAGGCGCCAGUCCACGGCCACGGGGUCACAUUUACCACCCACAAGCGGGCACCCCAACCACAACACUGCCAGCGGAGGUCGCAGAGCCGCUGGGAGCGGGACGAUGAGCCCGGACCUGCACGCGGGCCGGCGGGAACACACAAUGUCCGAAAUCAGUGGCCCCACGUCCGGCGGCAUGUCGGGCAAUCGCCCGCCCUUGCACCAGAGCGGGCUCGUGUACGACUACUUUGGGCCGGACGCCGUUCCGGGGCCGUACACGGACGACGCGGUCACCACGCCGUACUUCUAUGACGACGAAGGCAGGGCUGUUGGGGCCACGGGGCUGGACCGCACGCCGAGCCGCGGUGUUCCGGCCAUCCCGCGGGGGCCGGGGGAUAUCUCGCGGCCCGUGGAGAUUGGCGAGUCGGCCAGCAAUACGAUGCGCCGCGGGGUCCGGAGGAUCGAGGGCGAGCCGAACAGCUACAGCACCACGCCUGAAGCGGUCGAGGGGGUCGGGCAUUACGCGACGCCAGCUAAGGCCACUCCUGUUUUCAUCGGGUCAGGACCAGGAGCGGGAGCAGCAGCUGGAGCUGGAGCUAGUCCAGGAGCUUUAGCAGGACCAAGGCUGGAGGAGCCGGCGAUCGGCGGGACAACAAUCAUCACGCACACUGGCACGAGUCCUGCCCCCCUCCGGCCAUGGCGCGUAGGGCCGUUUGAACUCGCGAGCCCUCACGGGACCACGGCCGCGGGGGCGCCGGCGACUACUACGCAGGGCACAGCGGGUGUUGGUAGCGGAGUUGACGGCGCUGGUGCUGGUGCUGGUGCUGGUGUUGGAGCGACGGGCGGCCCGCUGAGGAGUUACGAGGAUGAGGAGGCUGCCGCUGCCACCGCCGCCGCCGCUGCCGUUGCCGAGGGACAGCGAGGGCGGAGUCCAUGGCGUGGACAGUGA